AUGCCACGCUCCACCACACUAUGGGCUGUCGCCCUUGUACUGACGAGCUUCUCGGGCCCCGGUCCUUUGCUCACCACAGCCGAGGCCAUGCCAGCGCCAGGUCCACGAGAAACCCCGAUGCGCCCUCGAUACUACUUCCCGCGACAUAUCAAGCGUCAGAUUGUAACCAACACCACCGCGCCGGUGCCAGCGACCCCCUUGCCAUCUGUGACGACGGAUGCCUCUGAUGACAGCUCUCAAGAGCACCUGGAAACGCGACAGUUGGACAUUUCGUCUUUUAUGGAUUCCGUUUUCCACAAGGAACCCGAUGCUUCAUCAGCCUCAUCAUCCUCUUCCGAUCCGAAACGCAGCCCUCCCUCUCAACCUGAUGACAAUGGCCUGCCGUCUCCAACACCCCGACCGAGUGAUCCAACUUCCCCAGACAGGCCCGCUGCAUCCCCUCCGACGGGAAAUCCGCUUGGUGGCCUAGUUCCACCUAUCCUGGACCCCAUUAUUCCACCCACUGGCGAAAAGCCUUCGUCUGCCCCGCCAGAUGUGCCCACUCCAGAGGCACCGGCCUCAAGCCCUUCAUCGGGUGAGCCACUUGGUGGCCUGCUUCCGCCUGUCCUGGACCCCAUCAUCGCACCCACGGGUGCAAUGCCAACGUCUAUAGUCCAGCCCUCCCCGUCUCCAUCCCCAUCCCCGUCCCCAUCACCGUCCCCCGAUGUGCCCACCCAGGAGGAGCCUACGCCAGACUUGCCGGCCUCCAAACCUUCGUCGGGUAAGCCUCUUGGUGGCCUGCUUCCGCCUGUCCUGGACCCCAUCAUCGCACCCACGGGUUCAAUGCCAACGCCCAUAGUCCAGCCCACCCCGUCCCCCGAUGUGCCUACCCAGGAGGAGCCUACGCCAGACUUGCCGGCCUCCAAACCUUCGUCGGGUAAGCCUCUUGGUGGCCUGCUCCCGCCUGUCCUGGACCCCAUCAUCGCACCCACGGGUGCAAUGCCAACGUCUAUAGUCCAGCCCUCCCCGUCUCCAUCCCCAUCCCCCGAUGUGCCCACCCAGGAGGAGCCUACGCCAGACUUGCCGGCCUCCAAACCUUCGUCGGGUGAGCCUCUCGGUGGCCUGCUCCCGCCUGUCCUGGACCCCAUUGUUGCACCCACGGGUUCAAUGCCAACGCCCAUAGUCCAGCCCACCCCGUCCCCCGAUGUGCCUACCCAGGAGGAGCCUACGCCAGACUUGCCGGCCUCCAAACCUUCGUCGGGUGAGCCUCUUGGUGGCCUGCUCCCGCCUGUCCUGGACCCCAUCAUCGCACCCACGGGUGCAAUGCCAACGUCUAUAGUCCAGCCCUCCCCGUCUCCAUCCCCAUCCCCCGAUGUGCCCACCCAGGAGGAGCCUACGCCAGACUUGCCGGCCUCCAAACCUUCGUCGGGUGAGCCUCUUGGUGGCCUGCUCCCGCCUGUCCUGGACCCCAUCAUCGCACCCACGGGUGCAAUGCCAACGUCUAUAGUCCAGCCCUCCCCGUCUCCAUCCCCAUCCCCCGAUGUGCCCACCCAGGAGGAGCCUACGCCAGACUUGCCGGCCUCCAAACCUUCGUCGGGUGAGCCUCUCGGUGGCCUGCUCCCGCCUGUCCUGGACCCCAUUGUUGCACCCACGGGUUCAAUGCCAACGCCCAUAGUCCAGCCCACUCCGUCUCCAUCCCCCGAUGGCCCCACGCCGGAUGAGCCUACGCCAGAUGCGCCAGCUUCAAGCCCUCCAUCGGAUAAGCCACUUGGUGGCCUGCUCCCACCCGUCCUGGACCCCAUUAUUGCACCUACAGGGGCAAUGCCAUCAUCCGUGAUCCAGCCUACCAUACCUGAAAUUAUCCCAGGUGUGGGCUCUACCGGCUUGCUACCAGACAUGAUUGUCACCCCAACGCCUGUUGUAUCACCGCCUGCAGAACCAACAUCGACUGAUGCUUCAAGCUUCCUUGGCCCAUUCAUUGUCCCAGGGACAGGCACGGGUGAUGUGCUUGUACCGAUUAUCCAGCCAACUACGACUUCAGAUCCGCCUGGUGAUCUUCUGUCAUCGCUUUUGGGACCUUUGGAGCCUACUUCUACUGGCUUCGAGGUAGGAAGCACAGGGCUACUCCCCGUAAGCCCUGUGCUUCCCACGAGUGCACCACCGGACCUACUAUCUCUCCCACCCCUGCGCCUUCCAACGACGGGUACGGGGAUUGUGAUCGGUAUCACCACAGCCUUUGGCACUGGAAAUUCGCCUGAGCCCACGCCCACACCCCCGGCUCCGCCUCUCAGCUCCGGCGCCAUUCCUGCCUCUGAGAGUGCAUUUACGAGCUCUGCUCCGUCAGACCCGCAGUCAAUGCCAUCCCCUGUCCCGUCCGAACUGUCUGGUAUUGGACCAACCAGUCUGGGACCAACUGCACCUGUACCGACUACCUCCUUGGGGGGUAUCCUGCCUCCCAUCUUGUCCUCGCUCGGAGAGAAUCUAUCUGGGCUUCUCUCAGCGUUCCCGACCGCCCCAUCAAGCAUUCUCUCGGGUGUAGGGUCAGCUCUGCCUACGACCUCCUCGAGCUUGGUUCCAUCUGGUGUUCUGCCAUCUACUGGAGUGGUGCCAACAGGAACCUUGCCGUCUUCCGUUGUACCAUCGGGCGUGCCGUCAUCAUCCGGAAUCCUGCCAUCUUCUGGCGUGCUUCCGCCUACGGGAUCUUUGCCAACUGGGUUGGUGUCUACUCCUGCCGCUGUUCCAUCAUCUGCUACCAUUCCCACGCCCUCUGAGACGGCCAGUCUCUCCUCGUCUGGUGCCAGUGGCCCUAAUGGUACUACCCCCAGUGCGGGUAUCUCGCCAUCGGGAUCUUCUGUUCCAUCAGGCUCGGUCGGCUCAUCUGCGGCUCCUAUCACGAUCUCUUCGGCGAGCCAAUACGUUAGCAUUCCCGCUUCUGAAGGUCCCUCACCAAUGCCCUCAUCUGGAAUCCCCAGCAGUGCGGCGCCCAUUCCAACAGCAUCGGAAAACACAACCAUCAGUGAUGCUCCUACUCCCACUCCAACCCCUGAGCCGACAUCUUCUACCGUGAGCAGCCAGAGUGACCCCGUAAUCGUUCCCAUCUCGACCGUCAAGCCUUCUCCGGUCAUCUCCUUGUCGGCGACGGCGACGGACAGUGCCACCUCGCUCACUGUUGGAACUAGCAUUGUGCAAGAAGCCUCUAUGAUGCCUACACCCACAGCAAGCCCAACAGCCAGCGGGAUCCCAUCUAGCCUACCUCACAUGAUUGCCCCUCCAGGAGGGGUGCCCAACCAGGUUUCACAGGACACUUUCAUGGGUCAAGUGUGCUUCAAAUGGCCCCUGAACUACCCAUUUGUGUCUGCGAACGACGGUGGUCAGCAGAUUUUCCACUACCUGCCCAAGGCUAUCGCUGAUGGUCUCAAUAUUUCGCAAUCCGAGGUUCAGAACUUUGGUCUCAAGCCUUUGGACACGACGCAGUAUCAGGGCUUCAUCACUACACUCGCUCUGUUCACCAUUCCCAGCGAUCUGCAAAACAAGCUCGCAGCCCAGCUUCGCAACCCCCUCGAUCGCUUUUGGUUCAAUGAGGAUUCGACGGUAAACGACUUGACCAGCCUGAUCAAUACAGCUUGUCCUCUUCCCGCUGGUCAGGUGCCUGGCGAAAGCAGCCUGUCAGACGAUGACGAAAGUGGUGAUCCUGCCUCUACCUCCAACGGAGGCGGAGGUGAUGGUGGGGCUAUGGGAGGUGACAUUGGUGCCAGUCGCAAGGUCAAUUCGACAAGUGCUAUUGUUGCUAGCAGCGCUAUUGUGGGAGCCAUUGCCUACGGUGCGGCCAUGUUCUUUGUGGCACGCCGAUAUAGGAACAAGCGCAUUGCUCACCAGCGUUCAAGCUCCGUUCCAAGCACCAGCCGCAUGACCUAUGGCUCGAUUCCUGGCGGUGCUGCGGCUUGGAUGCAUGGUGCUCGCAAUGGACGGAUCACGCCUGGUAGCCGGGGGAGCCAAGGUAGCAGCGCGAGUCAAGGACGUUCGGUACGAACACAACAAAUAUCCGCCCCAGUAAUGGCCGAGAACUCUCUUGGCUGGAACUGA